UAUUGUCUCUGCUGUCACAGUCUGGCGAUCGGGACUGGAGCUGCCUGGUACGGUUCUUAAAUAGCAUGGUUUAUAAAGAAAGCAUAGAGUAAGGUACUCUAUGGUUUAAGAAAGCAGUACGAUAGGUUCUUAUCAUUACACGUUUUGCUGUCUUACGAGGUACAUCGUUAAUCUUUACACUGAUUUCGAAACUAAAGCUCCUUUUAGUGGUUAACAGGAUGAGAGAAGUACCAGUGAGUUUAUGGCUGCUGUGCCUUGCAGCACUCUGCAUCCAUGGAGCUUUGGCUCAGCGUGAACCAUUGGCUACUGAAGCACCAGAAGUUCACACAAGGUCUUACAUCAUCCUUGCUCCCAAUACAAUCCAUGCUGGACUGCCCUUCACUAUGAGUGUGUCUAUUCUGGAAGCAGCAAGUGAUGUCAUGGUUACGGCCACCAUUUUGAAAGGAAGGAGCAUGGAGAAUGUUGCCACGGCAACAGAGAGAUUCGCUUCGGGAGCAACCUCCAUGAUGAAUAUUCAGGUUCCUGAGCAUCUUAUAAUGGACACAUUCAAGCUUCAGAUUGAAGGCAAUGGAGGUCUGACAUUCAGUCAGAUUGAGGACCUACAUUUCUCUCUGAGUAGUUUCGCUAUCUUGGUACAGAGUGACAAGGCAAUCUACAAGCCAGGUCAAACAGUUCAUUUCCGAGCGAUGGCAAUUUAUCCAAACUUGUUGCCAUACAUGGGAGUGUUUCAAGUUAAGAUGAAGGACCCAGUUGGGAAUAUUAUCCAGCAAUGGAGUGAUCUACAGAAUGCUGACCAUGGUGUGGUAUCAGGGGAAACAGUCAUGUCCGAUAACCCAAUACUUGGUGAUUGGGUCAUCUCAAUCACAGCAAAUAAUGAGAAAAAGGACCACAUAAUCACUAUUGAUGAGUAUGUUUUACCAAAGUUUGAGGUUAACAUCCUAGUCCCGCCGUACUUCGUGGAAGAAGAUGCCUUUAUUAUCGUCAGGGUUGAAGCCAAGUACACAUAUGGAGAGCCGGUGAAAGGGCGUGCCUCGUUGGAAAUGACGCCGUCUUGGGGGCAAGAACCAGCAAUACUCCGUUAUACAGCUGAGAUUGACGAGGAUGCUGAGAUCCGAAUAACUAAAAAGGAGCUGUUGUCCCUCUAUGAAUAUGGAUUUUACGAUGGAUAUUUGUUAAAGGUUAAUGCCAAUGUGACCGAAUCUCUAACGGGGAUUGUUCAGAGUGGUUUUGGUGUCCUGACUUAUUAUGAGAAGCCAAUCAAAGUGACGGCAUUACCUGGUAAUCCAGCACAGUUCAAGCCUGGUCUUAUGUACACCGCCUAUGUGUCAGUUACUCAUGUUGAUGACAGUCCACUCACCGCAGCAGAGCGCCAACGCAAACUCGUUGUGACAAGCAAACAUCAAGUUAGGGAUUAUUCUGUGCCGCAAGUUACUGAUAUGAUCAAUGAUGUAUCUAUACCAGAGAAUGGAAUACUCCAACUAGAUUUUACCUUCCCUGCUGAUUCCAGUAGCGCUUCUUACCAAGUGAUGUAUUAUUACGGGACUGAUGAGGGCGCAUCGAACCUGCAGCUUUUGGAGACUCUAUCUCCAGCAGUAUCCCCUAGCAACCAAUUCCUGCAGAUCAUUGCACAAGGAACCAGCUUUCAGUCUGGGAGUAUGGCAAGCUUUGAAGUCAGAACAACCGAGGCUCCAUCCAAGCUCUCAUAUCAGGUGGUUUCCAAAGGUAACAUCAUAUUAUCAGAGUCAGUCAGUAACGUUGCCUCUACCACUACAACGAUCCUAACGCUGGAGCUGACUCAUGAAAUGGCACCUCAAGCUCGUCUCAUCGUCUCUUACAUCAGAGAUGAGAAUUUUGAAGUUGUUCUUGAUAGCAUUAACAUCAACGUGGACGGAGCUUUCCAGAAUGAGGUUACCGUGACCUUCGACCAAGAUGAGGUCAAACCAGGAGAUAAUAUUAAUCUUGAGGUCACUGCUGAAGCAAACUCCUAUGUAGGCAUCCUUGCUAUCGACACUAGUGUAAUGCUCCUCAAGACAGGAAAUGACAUCACACAGAACCAGGUGAUUGAAGCACUUGGAGAAUUUGACACAACAGAUCAGAGUUACAAUCCUUUUGAAGGGCCAGUGUUUCGUAAGAAACGCUCAUCAAUGUGUUGUGGUUGGUACCCAUUCCCUAAUCAAGGAGAUACUACUCAAGCUGUUCUAGAUUCCGCAGGAAUGCUUGUGUUUACUGAUGCACUGGUCUAUAGCACGCCAGUUAUCGACUACCCGUGGUCUGGUGUUCAUUUUGGUGGUGGAAUACAACCCGUUCAUGGUGCUGCGAUGCCAGAAGCUGAUGAUGUUGCUUUUGAUGAAGCAGCCAUUGCAAAGGGACCAGCUGGGGAUGGUGGGAAUCUGCCCAAACCUCGUGUCCGAACUGAAUUCCCUGACACCUGGUUAUGGAGUGAUUAUGUAGCUGGAGCAAAUGGACGUGUGAGUGUAUCGUCCACUGUGCCAGAUACCAUUACAUCAUGGGUAGCCAGUGCAUUUGCCAUGUCAACACAGACGGGUAUUGGUGUUGCUGAAUCAGCCGCAAAGGUGAAGGUUUUCCAGCCCUUCUUCGUGUCAUUGACCCUACCGUACUCGGUCAUUCGUGGUGAAAAACUUGUAAUAAAAGCUACAAUCUUCAACUAUAUGAGUUCUUCUGUACAGGCAACGGUAACUUUGGCGGGAUCUGUGGAAUUCCAAAGCCUUUCCUACAAUGACAAUAGGUCGGAAAAGAAAUCCAACGAGGAUCAGGUGAAGUCAGUGAAGGUACUAGCUGGUGAGGGAGUUACCCUGUACUUCCCCAUACUACCCCAGAAGCUAGGACUAAUUGAUAUAUCUAUUACUGCUACUUCUAAUGUUGCUGGUGAUGCUGUUGUACGUCAACUACUUGUUGAGCCUGAAGGUAUACCAACAUCAUUCAACGAGCCUGUAGUGAUUGACUUUGGUUCUGAGCAAGGGACAAAGACUAAGGACUUUAUCUUUGGAUAUCCUAAGAAUAAGUUGGUCGAGGGUUCUGUCCGAGCUCAGCUGACUGCUACAGGUGAUAUCAUGGGUCCCACAAUGGCCGGUCUAGACAAGCUACUAAGACUUCCAAGCGGAUGUGGUGAACAGACCAUGUUAUCCUUCGCUCCUGAUGUGUUUAUCUACUCCUACCUGACAAGCACAUCUCAAGACAAUCCUACUAUCAUGAAGAAGGCGUUAGACUACAUGAAUAAAGGUUAUCAGCACGAGUUAACUUACAAGCACUCUGACCAUUCCUUCAGUGCGUUUGGUGACAGAGAUCCAUCCGGUAGUACUUGGCUGACAGCAUUUGUCAUCAAGUCAUUCGUUCAAGCCAAGCCAUUUAUCUACAUUGAUUUCACCAUGGUCAGAAAAUCUUGUGGGUGGUUGAUUUCUCAACAGACCAGAGACGGAAACUUUCUGGAGCCAGGGAAAGUCAUCCAUACGGACAUGCAGGGAGGUGUUUCAUCAGACUACACCAUAACAGCUUAUGUACUCAUCACUCUAAAGGAAGUACAACUCAAGAAAGAAAAAGCAAGUUCCUCAGCUGAGGAAACCCUGUUUUGGAAUAGUGUUAGUAAUUCGGUUAGUCUUGCAACGACCUACUUGGAGGCUAGUUUCUCAACAGUCAGUGGGAAUGUCUAUGACCUUGCUCUUGUGAGCUAUGCUCUGACGUUAGCUGAGAGUGAACAGGUGCAGAGGUUUCAAGAAGCUUUUGAGGCUCUGGCGAUUGUUGAAGACGGAGUGAAGCACUGGGCCAAGCCUGUUGAACAGGUAGAGAAUGUUGAUGCAUGGUCUUGUUUCUACUACCCUCCACCCUCCUCUGACAUUGAGAUGACUGGCUAUGGCUUAUUGAUGUAUCUAGCACAGGAUAAAGUAGCCGAGUCUUCGGCUGUGGCUCGCUGGCUGACAUCCCAGAGGAAUGAAUAUGGUGGUUAUGGCUCUACACAGGACACAGUGAUUGGUCUCCAAGCUCUAUCCUCCUUUGCAACCAUCUUUAACUCCAACCCUAGAAAUAUUGCUAUUGACAUCACUGCAUCGGCUACACCAGACUACUCAACCAGUCUUACCAUUGAUGAUGACAACUCAGUAGUAUUCCAGAGGGUUGAGUUACCUGUGACGAUGGGUACUGUCUCAGCAUCAAUAUCCGGAACUGGGUCAUGUAUUCUUCAGUUCUCAGUCUUCUAUAAUCUAAUGGAGGUUUUAGUUCGCCCAUCGUUUGAGCUGACGGUAGAAAUGGUAGACAAGGAUAAAGAUACGGUCACCAUAACAGCCUGUGGAAAAUACAUUGGCAGUGAUGAUUCAACUGGUAUGUCUAUGCUGGAGGUUGGCUUACCGUCUGGUUUCUAUGCCGAUGAAGACGCCUUGAAAAAUGCUGUCAAAGAAGAUAAUCAUCUUGAGAAAUAUGAGAUCGCACAGCGUACCGUCUUCCUCUACCUGAAUGCAUUGAGAAAGGAUACCUUGUAUUGCUUCACUGUGAUGGCUAUACGAGAUACCAUAGUAACUAACCUGAAACCAAGUAAUGCAGUCAUCUACGAUUACUACAGACCAGGUGAUCAGACUGUUGCAUCGUACAGCUCUCGUUCCCUGACUGAAAUGUCUAUUUGUGAUACGUGCCCUGUUUGCUGCGGUGAUAGUGGAACUGGACGGAUCACUGCAACCUCUCUACUCACCGUUACCAUGGUGGCCUUCCUGGUCAUACUCAUCUAAGGCCAAUGUCACACCAAGCAAUUUACAGGCUACAAAUUCUAGGCAACCACAGUUAAGAAAAGCCAGUCACAUUUGAAGGUUCACAUACUUUUCUUGAGGAUUGUUAGACGUUGUUUGACAUGUUUGAAAUGAAAAAAAAAUACUCAUUUGCUACCAAAAUGGCCUUAUACAUGUAGCAUGCACUGCAGUUGGUUGCCUGUAAAAGUUGCCUUUUGUGACAAGGUCAUUAGACCAUCUUUUAACACACUUGAGAAAGUUGUUAGCAGCUAACAAGCUCAGUACAUUUUGCCUUUCACAUUUGUCGAUCAAUGCCUUUGAACAAAAUGAGGGACAAAAACUAUCUAGCCUUUAAGGAAUGUUCACUCCCAAAGUUGGAGUUGAAGUAUUGGAAUAAAUCUGAAUUAAGUAGUGCUGUAACGAACCAGGCAUUUCUUGAAAUCUAAAUGUUACAAACAUCUAACACUAAUGUAAAACAAUAUAAUCUUCAGCCAGUUUUCUUCAUAACUUCUGAAACAGUUGGUUGAUUAGAACUUUAAAUUGCUAAAGAUGCAUCUUCUGAUAUGCAAUUACCGGUAGUUGCUUAAUUAGAUAGCUACUUUCUGUGGUGCAGAAAGUUACAAACAGUAAACUUGAGAUCAUGAAUGAAAUCAAUUUAACAACGAUUAUUAGUUUGGGGUUAUAUAAAAGAUACAACUAGAGUUGUAUUUAAUAUUACCAGCAGACAAACAAUUUGAAUUUUUUUAUGCACAAUUUGAAGUAUUUUAUGCACUGUUUGCAUCAUUCACAAAGUAUUAUUGUUAUGAAACUGUAUCAUCUGUCAAAAUUAAUUAUUUCAUACAAAUGAUAAAACUUAUAUCUACUGCGAAACAAAACAUGCACAAUUUUAUUAACACACACAACAGUGAUUUCAUGCGUUAUAGUUGCUUAAUAAUGUCACUUGUUUUUAUCGUAAUAUGUAAUGGAUUGUUUUGUAGAUAUUGGCUCGUCAUUUCCUUUAUUUUAAUUAUAUUAAAUGCAUAUUGACUGACUGUUCAAAAUCAAAUAAAUUUAUAUUUUGACAAUUUGACAAGUUAAAAAGUCACCUUUGGAUUCGUCAAGAAUAAAUCAAAAUCCAGAUCUAACUUUUAAACCAAGAGACCCACACAGCCCCUUCACUGACAGGAAGCCUAUUUGCUUAUGCGCUUUGUUUGACCUCUGGCUUAGCAGCUAUUGCAAACUUCUAAACCAAGAGACCCACACAGCCCUUCACUGACAGGAAGCCUAUUUUCUUAUGCGCUUUGUUUGACCUCUGGCUUAGCAGCUAUUGCAAACUUCUAAACCAAGAGACCCACACAGCCCCUUCACUGACAGGAAGCCUAUUUGCUUAUGCGCUUUGUUUGACCUCUGGCUUAGCAGCUAUUGCAAACUUCUAAACCAAGAGACCCACACAGCCCCUUCACUGACAGGAAGACCAUUUGCUUAUGCGCUUUGUUUGACCUCUGGCUUAGCAGCUAUUGCAAACUUCUAAACCAAGAGACCCACACAGCCCCUUCACUGACAGGAAGCCUAUUUGCUUAUGCGCUUUGUUUGACCUCUGGCUUAGCAGCUAUUGCAAACUUCUAAACCAAGAGACCCACACAGCCCCUUCACUGACAGGAAGCCUAUUUGCUUAUGCGCUUUGUUUGACCUCUGGCUUAGCAGCUAUUGCAAACUUCUAAACCAAGAGACCCACACAGCCCCUUCACUGACAGGAAGCCUAUUUGCUUAUGCGCUUUGUUUGACCUCUGGCUUAGCAGCUAUUGCAAACUUCUGAUGGUGAUAUUUUUGCGUCUGGUCCAGGGACAAAAUUGGAAUGUGAAAAAUCCUAAAAUAGUUUGCUGAUCUGGGUCUCCUUUUAUUCCAGACCAAGGAGGUUUACAGACUCUGUGCUUCACCUAACAUGCAAAACUAAUACUUUGGACACAUUGUGGACUGUUUCAUUCUUUGGUGACAUUUUUCUCUCUCAAUAAUAUUUGAAGACUCAAAGAGAUUUCAAGAAAUCUUGAAACAUUUUGAGAAAUCCCAUGCUUGCUGUCCUUGUUUGUUUUGUGUUAAGGUAUUGUAGAGACUGCCAAAAUAAGAUCUAGAUGUACUUCGCCACUUUUGGGGAUUUGUUUUAAAAGAGUACUACCUGAUUAUACAAUAUCAUCCUAACAGCUUAGCAUGGUAUUGGUCAUGGAUUCUUUCAUAUCAUCCUAACAGCUUAGCGUGGUAUUGGUCAUGGAUUCUAUCAUAUCAUCCUAACAGCUUAGCGUGGUAUUGGUAAGCCUAACAGCUUAGCGUGGUAUUGGUCAUGGAUUCUAUCAUAUCAUCCUAACAGCUUAGCGUGGUAUUGGUCAUGGAUUCUAUCAUAUCAUCCUAACAGCUUAGCGUGGUAUUGGUCAUGGAUUCUAUUAGAAAUUAUCAGUCAAUUAAGUCUGCAGUUUUGUAGAGGGAAGAUAGUUUUAUCAUGUUAAUGAAUUUGUAAAGUACAUAUACCAGCUGCUAUUUUGUGGUGGCAUUUUAAAAUACAAACUUAUAUAAUAAAAUAUUUUUGUAAACAUGAGAAGGGUUUCAGAAAGGUUUGUAAAUUUUUAGUACAAUCAUGUUAGUGGAUUUGAAAGAAUUACUUGCUGAAGAGUUAUAUUUUUAAAUGGAAAGUGAUCGGGAAUGUUGAGACCUGUUUGAUUGUUUAAUUUCUUUUAAACGAUUUUUGUAAACAAUUUUUAAGUAUAAUGCAGAUAAAGUUUAAAAACUUCUGAAUUCUGUUUUACAGUGAAUGGUAAAUCUUGUUUUGUUGAACCCAUAGUGUCUUUCAUGUAAACUUUGCGAUUUCUGCAAAAUCUUUCAUAUUAACAGAAAUGAAAUAAUAAAGUGUACUUGUUAAAAUUAGAAACAUCAGCUCAACAACGUUUUCAAACCAACUACGCAUCUUGCAUGCAGUUUAGUGAGAGAAACCCCUAAAGCACAUUGACUUCACUCAUUCGCAACAAACAAUUUGGAGGAAACUCCUGUGGAAAAUUUGCAUCGAAAAACAGAACUGUGAGGUCCAAUUUGCUUCGCAUGAAGUAUUCCAAGAAAGUAUGAGCCAGGCUUAAACCAGUUAAGGUUCUUUGAGGCGUAAAAGACCAAGCAUUUCUGUUAAGUCAUCAACAUACUGUGAAAACCCCACAAGUAUUUCAGGAAUAGUUUCACGAACCGUGUGAAAGAAAGUUCAAAUGGGGUCUGUAUUUCAAUAUACUCAAUCUUACCACCCAGCAAUGGUCCAUUUCUAGAAUACAAAUUUUUUCUGAAAUAUUGAUAUUAAACAAAAAGUUGUUGCACUUUUAUGAAUAUAUAAUUGAUGUUUUUAAAGUGAGGUAAUUUGUAAGGCACAGCAUUAUGUAUUAAUGUGUCACAGCAUUAGAUGAUUCAAGUAUCACAUGUAUAGCAUAUAUUAAAGAUGUAUACUUUGCUUCAAA